AUGUUAAAGGAAACUAAAAAGUUUAUUGGUAAAUCCCUUCAGCCAGCACGACCUGUGCAUCAUCUGUCUUCUAAACAAGCCACUGUGGUACCCUUUCAGACUGAAUUACCUAGGAGUACUGAAGUAUGUUUGGAGAGUAAGGUUGACUGGUUAUCUGAAAAGACUGAAGCAAAGAUUUUAACUCAAACUAUGAUGCCCUGUCAACCAAACCAGCAUGAAUCGAAAGCAAAAAAAGAAAGGAUCAAAUACAGCAGAGAUUUCCUUCUGAAACUUUCAAGUGUUUCUCUCUCUCAGAAGAAGCCAGAAUCUCUUCCUGAUCAUCCAGUUGUCCUUGAAAAGCCAGAAAAGAGCAACCCUUUUAUUGACAUAUGCAAGAAGUGA